AUGGAAGUUGUUGCUUAUAUAUGGGAUGAGAAAUUGAGGAAAGCUAAAAAGAACAAAAAGAAGCAAGAAAUUGAACAAGAAUUUGAAGCUGCAGUCUAUGAAUACCUUGCAGCAUCAGCUGGUGAUAUGAUAGAAGAGAAAAAAGAGAAAGAAAAAUCGAAGGAGAAGGAAGUUGAUGAAAUGGAAGAAGAGAAAGAAGAAGAAGAAACAGAAAAAGAGAAUGCAAUUGAUGAAAUGGAAGAAGAGAAGAAAGAAGAAGAGAAAGAGAAGGAGAAGCUAGUUGAUGAAUUUGGGGAAGAGAAGAAAGAAGAAGAAAAAGAGAAGGAGAAGGCAGUUGAUGAAUUUGAAGAACAAAAGAUAGAAGAAGAAAAAGAGAAUAAGAAGGCAAAGAACAAUGAUGCAUAUUCAGUGAAUGUGAUGAGAAGUCUAAAGGAACUCAAUGGUGAGGAUGUUGGUGAUGAGAAAAACAGUUGA